UAGAUGCUUCGGACCGUGAAUCCGAAUGUUCCUUCGUACGGUCACGACGCAUCCCGCUUUGCUAGCUUCACAACGCAACAAUCUGUUUCUUCGGGGACGGUUGCGCAUUUCGGCGCCAUAUAUCUGGAGAAACCAACAUCCAAAAUAUAUCUACACCUAUAAAAGUGGGGGUGACGUCAAGUCUAAGCCAACAGAGCCUUUAACUGUAACCACCAUGUCUUCGCCGAGCACUCUUACGGAAUGGACCCAAUCCCAGUUCUCGUCUCUGUUCAAACCUUCAGAGAAUCAACUUCAAGAAGUGUCUGUCUUCGCUGCAGACGCUCAGGUUAUGGUGAACCACACCCAAGUAUCUGUCGAACAGUUUAAGAAAUCGUUGGCCGACAAAUUCGGGGCGGGAAUCGUGCAAGAUGUCAAUAUCGAUUGGAAGGAACUAAUCCAUGAUGAUGAAUCUGGUAUCGUUGCUGGCUUCGUAGACGUUACCAGGUCGAUGAAGUUCAGAAUUCGUGUUGGUCCUGCGCAGAUACACACGUACAUCAGUGUCAGCAUGAAGAUUGCUCAAGACGGCGACCAAAGGGCUGUGUCUCAAAUGUUCUAUACAUCCGUGGAUAAGGCUGCGGAGCUCCAUCUCGUUUGAUGGAUUCAGAACUAGAAUCAGAUUUGUGUAGUAAGCAUGGCGCCGGUGCUAUAUUUAGCUACUCUGAUUUUUCCGCAUAGAAUUGUACUAUUAGUAGCUCUCGACUUGUACCAUCCGUAUCGACACAACCAUUUUCAAAGAUCAUAACAGUGUCGAGCCAUGUUGAGCCUUUGGCGCCGCUUUCUCUAUGGUCUUCCCG